AUGCCGCCUAUUACUCAGCAAACAGAGCAUCUUCAGACAAGUGCUAUAGAUUUUUCAGAAAAAAACGAGGUAUGCAUCGAGUAUAUUUGAUCUUUAAUUAUUAUUCUAACAAUUUAAAACCGCUGAUGUUACUGAAUCUUCAUUUUUAAUAGGUUGAAGUAAGCAGGCUUCUAGCUCACUUUCAAAUAGGCGCAGAGGUUGAAAUUUUGUCUACUGAUGACGAAAUAUGGUAUCCAGGAAAGGUUGUUGAUCUUAAACUGUGUGAAGGACUAGAGGAGCUGACAGUUGAGUACACGACACUCUUCACAGACCAACAUAGACUUCAGAAACUUCAGGAUACUAUCACGGCUGACAAAAUACGUCCUGCAACACCAACUAGUGACCAAAAAUCCUUUGAGAUGAUGGAUAAGGUAGAAGCCUUCUACAACAAUGGCUGGAGCAGCGGACAAAUUAGCAUGGUACUUGGUGAUAACACAUACUCGGUGUGUCUCUAUACUUCUAUGGAAACUAUUCUAUUCAAACAUUCAGAUUUGCGAAUUCAUAGAGAAUGGAAAGAUGGAGUCUGGAAGAUGGCAGAUAAGGUGAAGCCUGAUAAGAAAAGGAAAGCUGCUGCCUCAUCACAAAAUUCAGGAAUGGAUAAUGUUUUCCUAAGAAGGAGCGAGAGGGUGCCUAAACGAUCUAGAGACACAAAAACUCCAUUCAAGUCUGACAGAAAUCCGGCUUUAACUGUAAUACCUGAGAUUAUACCUGCAGUUGAUCCGUUUUCAACUCCUGCGGAACAUAAGCUUUCAAGGCUUCAAAAUUGGAUGACAUUAAAGCCCGGCAUGCAUGAAACGUCCCUAUCAAUCAAUGAUAAUAAGAUAAGGAAAUCUUUCUUUCAAAGCAUGGAAAAUGCAAAAAAGGACCUUAAGAAAGAGCACAUUGAUGGAGCCUUUGCAAUGCUAAAUUGCAGAAGAAAUGAGAAUGCUGCUUGGUUCCACAACUACAAGAUUCCAAAGGCGUGCUUCCUACCUAUGGAGUUCUUGCAUUGCUUGCUCUCUGAUGAUUUGGCUUACAAGAAAGAAAAGGUCAAAGGUAAAAAGAUUUUCAACGAUUUAUUUAAAGAUACUGUGAGAGGGAAGGUAUAUCCAGAGAAGACAUGGGGAGAAGAUGUUGAUGUUGUGUAUGGGAUUACUCUUGGAAAAAAAAGCAAUGUCUGGAUUGGGAUGGAAAUUCAUUUGAAGAAGAAAAGAAUCACAGUAUAUGAUUGUUUUCAAAAGGAAAGCAACAGCAUUGAUAUUCCUCAAGUGAAAAAGUUGGCAGUGUUGAUUUCUAAUCUGCUGGUGGAAUCUUCUGGUGAUGAGGUAGAUAAGGUGAAGAUGAUUCCAUUUGAGAUUGAGCAGGCACAAGGUUUACCCAAGACAAAACAUCCUUUCAACUGUGGGAUAUUUCUUGUCAAGAUUCUGGAGUGCCAGUCAUUGAAGAUAGGAGACAUGACAAAGAUUAAUGAUGACAAUGCAUUGGAGCUAAGGAGAACCUUGUCUUGUGAGAUCUUCAACCAAUUUGUGGAUGAGAGCUUUGGGAAAUGAGAAUGAUGCAUGAAAACAUUUUUUGUUUUAGUUAAGACUCGGUUUUAGUUAUGACUGUUUAUUUUGUUAUGUUGUUGGCGUCUGGUUACAUAAGAAAGAUUGGAAGGAUAUCAAGUAUUUUAUUUGGGUAUCAUA